UUGUAAUGCAUAUGUAUUAACAUAAAGCUAUGGCUUACAAUUUUCGUCCAUCAAGACCAAAAGCUUCUGUCAACCCUAAGCGAACGGCUAAACGCGAGUCGGUUUUCCAAGUAGAGCGAGGACCCAUAUCAAACCAAAAACGUGAUGUCCAGCAACUUGAUGAAUUUCGGAAUCGCUCAUUUAUGCAACGAGGAUGUAACAAUUUCCGAACGACAUCCCAGCGUUCUGGUUUGACCAUCGGCGAACAGGAGAUUGAAAAAUGCUCAAGCAAGACGACAGAUUCUUCCAGUAGUCCAGGCUAUCAAACGUUCUGCAGUGUACAGACUCUACCGUCUGUAGACAAGGAUGYACUUGCAGCAAAGUUCACUCCAAGAUGUUUUGAAUACGUACAGAAUUACCAUCAUUAUAUUCUCGAUUUAAACAAAUUGGAAAAGGGUGAACAAGUACCUUACUUGUCUCGCAUGGAAAACAAAAAUACUUUAAACUCAUUUAAGAACGAAGGAAGAACGACCAAGGACAAAUAUCAUACUCGAAACGGUUCAAAAUCUAGCUCUAGUAACUAUUUCUCAGGUCUACCAAGAAGAGCACCCAAGUCUGCUUCGCUUUCCAGGCGAGGAUCUGCGGGUAAUGGGAAUAAAACUGACCUCAAUUUAAUGGUAAAUAAUUUCCCCAGUACCCAAUCACAGCGAGGAGAAGAAGACAGCUCUAGAGGAGCAGGCAAAAAGGCCGAGGAUCGUAAGGACACUGAAGAUAAUACUCUACAAGAUUUGAUUAUAUCCGAGAUAGAAGAUGAGCUUGACGACGGUCGAGCAAAGGAGUCGACGUCCGAAUUUUCCAACUUCCAUGUCGAUAGCAUCUAUCAAUAUCCUAAUCCCAGCACCACAGAUCUACGAGUUCCCUCAGGGACGCCUGUUACCACUCCGCGCAGUUCAUCAGUCCAACAUUCCUUUCCUAAUUUGCCGAAUAAUUGGUCAAGUGAUAAGACAACAACGAAUGGAAGUUUGCAAGGAGUCUCUUCAGAGGUCCGAAAACCUUAUUUAUCAGCAUUUACCACUCGAAUGCCGCCUCUUAAGGCGCCCGAUAUUUCUCUUAAUGAGGAGCGCAGAAGACAAAGAAACACCUAUAUGCCGGACUACCAGCGCUAUAGGAUACUGUGUGACGCGUUCAGGCCUUUGUCACCCCAAGGGGGGAGGGGACGUAGACAAAUUGAUCGACAUCGACCUAACUUUGUUACCUCGGAAGAACUUGACUAUUAUAUAGAUGUUGUAAAUAAUAUCAAUGCUGUUCAUGCGUACUACAGCUACUAAUUGUUUAUCUAACAAAUAAAGAAGCUAUUCCGUGCUA